AUGCAGUUGCUGACGAUAAACAUAUCAAACAUCCAUUGCGAAGACUGUGAACAGACCAUCACGUCGUCGUUGAAUGAGGUCUUUGAGCAAGUACGGGACAUAAUCAAGAUCCAUAUAUCCAAUGACGAGCUGGUCUCUGUGACCUGUGAGGACGACACCACGCUGACGAGGCUCUAUAAGCCAGCCAUUGAGAGAAUAGAGGACGUUGGCUUCUUGGUGAAGGAUUACGAAAUCCAUGAUAUUGGGUCUGACGUUCCUCUGCUCCACCAUACUUACAACACCUGGCCAUUCCUACCUUGGACCUUCUUCAGCAGGAAAAGGAGAUUAAGACACCACAGAGAACACUGCUUACAGUGCCGUGAAGAGCCAAAGUCUGACGAGGAUUCGCAGGUGACACAGGUGGUUAGUGAACAGCUCGAAUACAGAGCAGUCUUCACGGUGUCUGGGAUGACUUGCUCAGCUUGUGCCACCACAGUGACCAAUGCCAUUGAGGAAGUCCUAUCGAAAUACCACAGUGACAAGGCUGCUCAAAGUUGCUCUGUUGAUGCUAUCAACCAUACUGCAGUUGCAAUCAUCCCCAAUAAACAAGUAGCCAACUCGAUCAUCCAGGCUAUAAAGGACUCGGGAUACUCAGCAAUCCUUGUUGAAGUGCUUCCUGUUGAAAGAGAAACCCGGUAUCGAAUAAGCGCAGCAAUUGGUGGCAUAACAUGUGCAGCUUGUGCUUCUUCAAUCUCUAAUGCUGUUGCUGACCUGGAUUUCUUAGUGGAACAUGCCAUUUCGGUGGUUUCUAAGUCAGGAGUAUUCAUCCUAGACUCGAACGACGAGCAGAAAGUCCAGCAGUUGAAGGACACGGUUGAAGACUGUGGCUUCGACUUUGAAGUCAUAUCAAUCACCAAGAUUAACCAUGCCAGCACGAAGAAGGUUACAAGAACCGUGAACUUGAAGAUCAAAGGAAUGUUCUGUGAACAUUGUCCAGAGGCCAUCACUGAGCUACUCGAGAACCAUGGCGAUGCCAUUGUCAUUGAAGACCCAGUUACACUGCAGCAUCCACUGGUGAAGUUCACCUACAUCCCUUCACCUCCAGCAUUGACGAUUAGAUCGAUCUUACAAGAGAUUAGAGACAGGAACUUUGAGGUGGAGAUUGUAGAGGAAGUGAGCCUCGAUGAACACUUGAGACGUAUAGCAAAGAAGGAAACAUUGAAGAUUGCCUAUCGUUUGCUCCUCACCACUGUAAUUGCCAUUCCAACCUUUGUUUUCGGUAUAGUUGGUAUGUCAUUCCUUCCAAAGGAUAACAGCUUUAAAAAGUGGUUAGAUGAGCCUAUUUGGGCAGGAAACGUUGCCAGAAUGGAAUGGAUCUUGUUCUUUCUGGCAACACCAGUGUACUUCUUUGCAGCUGAUAUCUUCCAUGUGAAGGCCUUCAAGGAGAUAAGAUCGCUUUGGAAACAUAACGUUCCAUGGAAGAGAAGACUAUUCAGAUUUGGCAGUAUGAACUUGUUGAUGUGUCUGGGAACAACAGUGUCUUACAUUGCAAGCCUGAUCCUACUCGGUUUGAGUGCUCAUGUGAACCCCAGUGGCCAUGCUCACGGAUUCACAUCCACAUACUUUGACUCUGUUGUAUUUCUUUCGUUCUUCCUUCUCAUUGGCCGUCUGUUGGAGUCUUAUUCCAAGAGUAAGACUGCUGAGGCCAUCACCAACCUGGGAUCUCUGAAACCAAGCACAGCAACACUCUUAACAAAAGAAGCAAACGGUGCUUUCGGCAACGAUGAGAAAGUUGCAAUCAACCUGCUAGAGAUUGGUGAGUCUCCACCUGUAGAUUGCAUCAUAGUCCAAGGUGAAUCGCAGUUCGACGAGAGUGCACUCACUGGUGAAUCCCACCCUGUGCUACACUCUGCUGGAGAACAAGUCUUUGCAGGCACAGUGAACAAAGGACCGAACUCCAUCAUCGCUAAGCUGAGUGCACUGGACGGAACGUCUUUGUUGGAUAACAUCGUGAAUACAGUCAGAGACGGUCAAAUGCGCAGAGCACCUAUCGAAAGAGUUGCUGAUAUUCUCACUGGCUAUUUUGUUCCACUGAUCGUCUUGCUAGCCAUUCUGACAUGGAUCAUAUGGAUCUCCUUGGGUUACUCUGGAGCACUUCCUAAGAGUUAUAUGAACAACGACAUUGGUGGCUGGGCUGUAUGGUCUCUGGAGUUUGCCAUUGCUGUCUUUGUCAUCGCAUGUCCAUGUGGUAUUGGCCUUGCUGCUCCAACUGCUCUCUUCGUUGGUGCUGGAUUGGCAGCACAGAAUGGUAUCUUAGCUCGUGGAGGUGGUAUGGCAUUCCAAGAAGGUUCAAAGAUCAACGUUGUCUGCUUUGACAAAACAGGUACACUGACGGUUGGUGGUGAUCCAAAGAUCACCAAUUUUGCUGUGCAUGGAGACAAGACCAUCAAGAGGUUUGCACUGCAAGUUGCUAGAGAUAUGGAGGUGAACUCCAGCCAUCCGUUGGCUAAAGCUGUCAAGUCAUUUAUCGAUGACCUGUGCGAGAAGCAAAGGAUAGCAUUGGGCAAAGUGAAGGUCCCAGAGAUCACUGAGAUUGCAGGAAGGGGACUUCGAGGUGAAGUUGUUCUCGACGAUGGUGACGACAAUGAAUGGAUCCAGUACAGACCAACUGGCGUACUUCUGGGUAAUGAGAACCUCAUGAUCGAAAACAGAGUAUCCCUGUCAUCUCAUCAACAGAUGGUAUUGAACAAUUGGAAGCUACAAGGAAAGAGUAUCAUCAUUGUCUCAUUGCAAUGUGAAAACUUCUUCCACACUCAGCAGUUCAUCCCAGUAUUGUUACUUGCUUGUCGUGAUGAGAUUCGUCCAGAAGCUAAGAGUGUCAUUCAAGAGCUGAAGAGAAGUGGUAUUCAGACAUGGAUGAUAUCUGGUGAUAAUAGCACCACCGCAAAUACCAUAGCAAAAGAACUGGGAAUUGAUAAUGUCGUUGCCGAGGUGCUACCAGAAGAGAAGGCUGAGAAGAUCAAAUGGAUUCGUCAGACGAAUCUGGUCAAUGGUGCACCACCAGUGGUUGCGAUGGUGGGCGAUGGUAUCAAUGAUGCUCCAGCAUUAUCGACAGCAGAUGUUGGUAUUGCACUGGCUUCUGGAUCCGAUUUGGCUCUAACAUCAUCUGAUUUUGUUCUUCUCUCACCGACACAUCCUCUGAUAACCCUGUUGACCUUACUGAAACUGAGCAGAAAGGUCUUCAAUAGGGUAUAUUUCAACUUCGGGUGGGCUAUCUGUUACAACGCCAUAGGCAUCCCUAUAGCUGCUGGUGUGAUCUAUCCUCACAACAACACUCGAUUAUCGCCUGUCUGGGCUAGUGCUGCAAUGGCGUUGAGUUCCAUCAGUGUGGUGCUGAGCAGUUUGGCAUUGAAAUGGUUUAGAAGACCUCGCAUUGUGUUAAACUUGGAGAAGCUAGAUCAGGUACAAGCUAUUGAAGAGGAGAUAUAA